AUGGUGUGGUUACAGGUUUGGAUGAUGAGCCAUACGAACGGACCAGAGUUGAUGGAUAGUCAGGACGAUGACGAGAAGGCAGGCUAUGAGUGCACACUCACACAGAAAGAGAGUCAGUUCAGUCAACUUCUAAACUAUCGAAGUAUCGAAGAAGAUGAAUUAGAUCAGAAGAAGUACGCAACUUUACAUCCAAUGGAUCGUGGCCUCAACCAAAUCGGCAAGUUACUAUCGUAUUCAGACAUCAAUGGCUUUUUUCUUUUCAUUUUUUAUUUGCCAUUUUUGUUUGUUUUUUCAGUUCUUUACACGGAAUUCUUUGGAUUCGGUCGUAAUCCAGACUUUGUGGAUUUUUGUGAUUUUCACGAACUGGCAUCCGGCGAGAGUGUGCGUCUUUUGAGUAGUGUGAGUACGAAACAUUGCUAUAUUCAACGGGUAUCCACAAGCAGUUAUUUGUUCAACGUUCAUUUGAAGGUUUUCAUGGGUAAACGACGUUCAAACGCCUCAGUGAGUGUUGCAAUAAAGGUGAUUGCGAAGAGAGGAUUAUCAUUAUCAAGGGAUCACAGCUCAGAGUCUGGCUUUGGUUCAUCAACCGAACUGAUUCGACGUGAAGUGGACAUCAUGCUUAGCAUUAAACAUGCAAAUUGUGUGCAAUUGGAGUAUGUAUGUGAAUCAUCGAAAAUGGCUUACAUUGUGAUGGAAUAUAUCGAAGGCGGCGAGUUAUUCUCACGUAUUGUUGAUGAGAGGAAUAUGGGCAAAGGACUUGGUGAAGGGCUGACGAAGUUUUAUGCGUGGCAAAUGCUCAACGCGUUGCAGGUUUUUGAUUAUUUUGAUCUCAUUCAUAUUAUCAGUAGUGCUGUUGUUGUCUUCAUCGAUAUUGCAUCAUCAGUAUCAUUGAGAUACAACUAUUGCAUUGAGUUACCAUUUUCUUCAAUUGCUGUGGUCUUAAUUCGAAUCCGAACGAGUACUCUGUUUCAGUUCCUUCAUAAAACAAAGAUCGUUCAUCGUGACAUCAAACCCGAAAAUGUUUUACUGCUUAAAAAGGAUGUAUAUACCGUUCUGAAAUUGUCAGAUUUCGGUUUGAGUAGAGCUUAUGAUAACACAAUGCAAACAUUCUGUGGUACUCAGUGUUAUAUGGCACCUGAGCUGUGGAAAGCGGAGCCGAGAUAUCGAGCUGAAGUUGAUAUGUGGGCAUUGGGUGCAGUUCUGUUCACGUGCAUUUGCGGUUAUCCACCGUUUUCGAAUGAGUACACUGAUAUGCCGCUGAAGCAGCAAAUUGCGAAGGGUCGUUUGAUUUAUUAUAGUGUUUGGAGGGAAAUAUCGAAGAAAGCGCAACGCUUAAUUCGUAAGAUGUUACGAGUGGACGUAUAUCAGAGAAUAACGGCACCUGAGGCGAUCCGUGACGAAUGGUUCGAUGAUCCAAUCGUCGAGAAAGCGAAAAACUUGGUUCAGGCUUAUUCGAAAAUGCAUGCAAUACCGUUGGAUAAUUUGGGUGUCGCUCAGUAA